UAUUUCAAAAUAUAAUGGAGCUCUUCUGACAGGGAUUAAAGGGACAACUGCCGGACUCUGCAAAGAUUACUGGCCAAGAUAUUGCAAUAUAAUAAAGGAUUCAUGCUUAAUUCAUCGUCGAUGGAUGCGAAGAUACUGCCCGUAUACGUGUGAAAUGUGUAAACAAGGUAGUCAAGUAAACCCGUGUCAACAUCACAAAUGUUUGUAUCACAGCAGAUGUAUUGUCACGAAGAUGCACACACCAAAAUGCAUUUGUCAAAAUUUGUUUGAUUGUCCAAAACAACAUUUUUUCUUAUGUGGAACAGACAGAGUAACCUACAGGAAUAACUGUACCUUGAAAGCAAUUGCUUGCAGACUCAAGAAAAAUGUCAGAGUUCACUCAAUUGGCUUGUGUAAAUUUCCCUGCGCACACGUCAGUUGUCAAAAUUUUGCCGAAUGUCGUGUCUCGUCAAAAAUGGUUGGGAAAUGCAAAUGCCCAUCUUAUAAGCAAUGUUCCAGUAUCCCCAGACCUAUUUGUGGCAAGAAUGGUGUAACAUACUUCAAUCAGUGUUUUUGGAAAGUAAGGUCGUGCCAAGAAAAUACGAGAAUUCCCAUAGAAAGACGAGGAAGAUGUGCCGUCGUGUCACAACGAUUAGAAUCUUCAAAAACGCCAGGAAAACCAAGAAAACGAUUCUGUCGUUGGAAUUUGUGCCCAUAUUACAUGUUAUGUCGAGAAGUGAAUGGCUACCCAACAUGUGUAAAAAUCUGUCCUCAAAGUUCAUGUUCUUGUGUACAUGGCGUGGAUUUUUACCAACACCGCAAUGGCUGUUUCAUGUGUCGAUGCAGGUCGCCCUAGCUUUCUUACCAGGGCUUCACGAAGAUAAAAACUGCACCGUUCUAUUAGCAUUUUUUAACAAAAAACGAUAACGUCGCGUAUCAAAAUACAGUAAAAAUGAUAAAUCAUAAUAUUCUUUUGUAAUACGGUUCUUUAAUGUAUGUAUAAUGGCAGCUAAUAUCCUUGGGUAAACAUUCCAUGUAAAUCAACUGUGAUGGCGCCUUAUGACAGAAUUAUGUCUUCGUAUGCAAGUAAAGAGUACAUAGCGUAUGUAUUUAGGGCUAUUAUUAAGCUAAAACUAUAAAAGCUAUUUAAACUGAGUUUUGCCCGGAAUAUGUCGUCGUUAAGUCCAAGCGUGAUAACUUUAGCCUCACCACUCCCAGGGAAGUAUAUCUCGUGUUUAUAUGUUUUUAUUGCUCUACCAUUAACAUUUCGAAACUCCUAUAUACUCUGGUUAUUGCUAAAAU